CUCGACGAAGACCUGAAGAGCUCCUGACUUAACUUGUAUGACUACCUGUGUUUAUUAGGGACCGUUUAGAGUGUAGCUCCUGAAGACCGUUAGGGAUGUGGGAUUAAGUGACUAAUUAACGUACCAAAAGAAUAUGGCUACACAAAUACCAGAAUCUGAUCAGAUAAAGCAGUUUAAGGAAUUCCUUGGUACCUACAAUAAGCUUACAGAAACCUGCUUUUUGGCCUGUGUUAAAGACUUCACAACAAGAGAAGUAAAACCUGAAGAGACCACCUGUUCAGAACAUUGCUUACAGAAAUAUUUAAAAAUGACACAAAGAAUAUCCAUGAGAUUUCAGGAAUAUCAUAUUCAGCAGAAUGAAGCCCUGGCAGCCAAAGCAGGACUCCUUGGCCAACCACGAUAGAGAAGUCCUGACACAUGGACUUUCGAUGAAAGAGUGCCAACAGCUGCUGUGCUGGAAAUGAGGACUCAUCUGACAGUAUCCCCUGAAAGCAGCAGCCACCAUGUUAAAACACCUGUCGUGACUGUUUGGCAAAUGGAAACCACUGGAGAAACAAAAUCGCUAUUUACCAGGAAUAAUUAAAAUAGAAGGUCUUAUUGUUCAAUGAAAUAAUAAGAUGCAACAUUUGUUGAGGCCUUAUGAUUCAGCAGCUUGGUCACUUGAUUAGAAAAAUAAACCGUUGUUUCUUCAAUUGUGACUGUUAAUUUUAAAGCAAAUUAUGUGUUCAAUCAUGUAUGAGAUAGAAAACUUUUUAUUACUAAAAUAAAAUAAACAGAAAUAUCACUGAGCAGUUGUUUGUACUAUAUAGUACCAUAGUAUUCUGACUGGACUGUGGAUACGUUGAAAUGUUUUUCAAUCAGGAUCAUCCUCCAAGUAUUCCUGUUCAUUCAUGUCUGCCUCAAAUUGCUGGUGAAUACAUAAAAUAGUUACUUGCUAA